AAGAUUGCAUUCCUCCCCUCACCUGCUCUUCUGCCGUACUGAUUGGGUGCUCGUGGUGAUUGCUCUUCCAUACCUCACAAUCCCGGAGAUCCACCCAACGGGGAAACACAGCCGACUGCCCAUCCAUCGAUGGGCCAGCUUGGAGUUGUUUUAGAUUCAUACUCGAUCUAUUCUAUCGUUCGGUCGUCUCUCUCCUUUCUGACCUCCUGCUUCUCUGCUUCUCUGCGCCUCUUCUUCCCACCACCGCCCACUCCACUCUAUCGCGGUCAUUUCCUCUACCGCACACGCACCCUCUCACUAUUCUAUCCUGACUGCGCCGGUCGCAUCUACGCUUCCUCCUUCAUUCUUCUCUGCGACAACCACCAUGGCCUCGAUGAAUGGUGGCCCCAUGCCAUUGGACCUCACAAACGCAAAUCGUCAGACACUUCCGCCAGAUGGUUCACAGAAUGCUCGAUGGUCCGUGGCCCGUCUUUCCGUGGUUCGCGCUGUGGAAGUCAGUCUGGUAUUGGCUCUGACUUAGAAGUCUCGACUGUCUUGCACUCUUUCCGCUUUCCGUAUCCUGUAUCUCGACUGCGUCGCGCAUCUAACUUGCGACUCAUUAGGUCAACCCGGAUCUCGACCUUCGACCAUAGGCGCCGAUUUUCUCAAGUUCUUUGGUGGUACGCAGAAGAAAGUCACGCGAGAUGGGCAACCGGCGAAACGACGAGGCCCGAAGCCGGAUAGCAAACCGGCCAUGACCCGACGACAGGAACUGAAUCGCCAGGCCCAGAGGUACGUACUUGGUCCACUUGGGUAAUCAUUGUUUGUAUACAAACGGUUGGCGCAGAACCCAUCG